AACGCUGGGCCCAUUACAACAACAACACAGCAGCUGUGCAGCCUGCAGCGCCUCGUUGUUGUGCUAGUUGUACCGAAGUUAGGAUUUGUCUCACUUAUAAUGUCUCGGUGUGAUAAUUGACUUUCCGGAAAACCCCAAAAGAAGGAUACAAUGUCAUAAUUUACUCCACGUUCCAAGUUAACGUUGGCGUUCAGCUGGAAGAGAGGGCGCGUCGGAUGUAGUUAGCUAGUCUUUAGUCAAGCAAGGCCUGAAAACCGUAACGAUAAGCGAAACCCAGGUAACCUCUUGGGAAAAAAAAAAAAGAAUCGUCCAGAAAAUCAACAGUAACACCAGAGAGGCGCUUUUUCACUCGGGAGAAGAAUGAGAGGCUCGUACGGAGACAGAGAUAGAGACCGGGGCCGCGACAGAGGCAGCCAUCGGUUUGGCUCCAGCAGGGGUGGCCCCCCAGCUGGUAAAAAGUUUGGGAAUCCCGGGGACCGUUUACGAAAGAAGAGGUGGGACCUGGACGAGCUUCCCAAAUUUGAGAAGAACUUCUACAGUGAACACCCGGAAGUGCAGCGUAUGAGCCAGUACGAUGUUGAAGAGUAUCGCCAGAAGAAAGAAAUCACUGUUCGAGGUUCAGGCUGCCCAAAGCCUGUCACCAACUUCCACCAGGCACACUUUCCCCAAUAUGUCAUGGAUGUACUGAUGCAGCAGAACUUCAAGGAGCCCACAGCCAUUCAGGCACAAGGUUUUCCCCUGGCCCUCAGCGGGAGAGACAUGGUGGGCAUUGCCCAGACUGGCUCUGGGAAGACCUUAUCGUAUCUUCUGCCCGCAAUCGUGCACAUCAAUCAUCAGCCCUACCUGGAGCGAGGAGAUGGACCCAUUUGCUUGGUUCUGGCCCCCACAAGAGAACUGGCACAGCAGGUCCAGCAGGUGGCAUCAGACUAUGGAAAGUCAUCCCGCAUCAAAAGCACUUGUGUGUACGGGGGUGCUCCCAAGGGACCCCAAAUCCGAGACCUGGAGAGAGGUGUUGAGAUCUGCAUUGCCACUCCGGGUCGUUUGAUUGACUUCCUGGAGGCUGGAAAGACCAAUCUGCGGCGCUGCACUUACCUAGUGUUAGACGAAGCUGACCGUAUGCUGGACAUGGGAUUUGAACCACAGAUUCGCAAAAUUCUGGACCAGAUUAGGCCUGACAGACAGACACUAAUGUGGAGCGCUACAUGGCCUAAAGAGGUUCGCCAGCUGGCAGAGGACUUCCUGAAGGACUCGGUCCAAAUCAACGUUGGAGCGUUGGAACUCAGUGCAAACCACAACAUCCUGCAGAUAGUUGAUGUCUGCAUGGAGAGUGAGAAGGACCACAAGUUGUUCCAACUGAUGGAGGAAAUUAUGGCCGAGAAAGAGAACAAGACCAUCAUAUUUGUGGAGACCAAGAAACGAUGUGAUGACCUCACACGCAGAAUGAGACGUGACGGGUGGCCGGCAAUGUGUAUUCAUGGUGACAAGAGCCAGCCAGAGAGAGACUGGGUGUUGUCAGAGUUUCGCAGCGGCAAAGCUCCCAUCCUCAUCGCUACUGACGUGGCCUCACGUGGUUUGGACGUGGAGGAUGUCAAGUUUGUCAUCAAUUACGACUAUCCCAAUUCGUCGGAGGACUACAUCCACCGCAUUGGUCGUACGGCCCGCAGCAACAAUAAAGGCACUGCCUACACCUUCUUCACGCCAGGGAACCUCCGCCAGGCCCGCGAGCUGAUCCGGGUGCUGGAGGAGGCCCGGCAGGCCAUCAAUCCCAAGCUGCUGCAGCUGGUUGACACCGGACGUGGCGGAGGCGGAGGAGGAGGUGGCCGUCCCCGUUUCCGUGGCACCUCCAGUUCGAACAACCCCAACCUGAUGUACCAGGAUGAGUGUGACCGGCGAAUGCGUUCUGCCGGAGGGGGCAGUGGCUCCAAGGAGAGUCGCGGCAGCAGCAGCAACGGCUACAGUCGCGACAGCCGAGACGGUCGCAGUGGAAGCAGCCGGGACGGGGAUCGCUCCUCUUCCUCCUCGUCCUCCUCUUACAGAGAUCGCAGUAGCAGGGACGGCGGACGCAGCUAUGGCUCCAGCUCCAACUCGCACGACCAGUACCAGAAUAACGGCAGCAGCAAUGGCCAGUACAGCAGCUCCAGGGGCGCCGCUGGUUCUGGGGGCGACGGAGUGGGGAAGGUCCAACCGUCCUCGUCAGUUCCCCAGCCUCUGAUGGCUCAGCAGUUCAACCCCCCACAGCCCAUGAUGGGGCUGAUGGGGAACUCGCCAUUCCAGUUUGCUCCUCCACCCCCGCCUCCUCCCUCAGGGAGAAAGUAACGUGGUCUGUGCACCACAGUCACAAACACACACACGGCACAACAAACGUUACACCGUCAGUCAGAAAUGUCUUUAUUUCUUGAUAUUUGUCCUAUCAACAUUCAAAUGAUGAGCUUGUUUGGGUUGCAACACAUCAAGUGUGCUGUGCUUUAAAUGGCUUCUCCCUUCAGCAUCAAUAUUUUACUGAGUGGUCAACCCUUUUCAGUGUUGCCCCCUUUUAUUUGAAGUCAAAUGAAUCCGCAUUAGUUAUGUAGUUUGACAGAAGCUUGUUUGUUGCCGCAAUAGAAAAGAAAACCUUUAUACAAAUGUUGGUUUUGUAUUGUGAGCCUCUUUGUGAGCUGCUGCAGGGCACUUACUCUAUAGAGGAUCUAACUAUUUCUUUAGGUGUAUCAGAGGUGAGUGCUUAAUUAAUCUUGUCUAUAACCUUGUUUCUGUUUUAUUUUCAAUAUUUUAAUUUUAGAUUUGAUUCUUUGUUCGCCACACCAGGUUGAGUCACAAAAGGAAACGUGGGAUUCCUAUUUAUCUUCAGCAAAGGGAUUAACAUUUAUUUUUCCUAAAUGAGAUUUCCUGUUCUUUUGAACACUUUCUUUGACUUGUAUCUUGAUGAUUUCAUGAUACAGAUAUUAAUUUAGGCCUUGUAGUGCCAAGUCCGCAGAGGACUUGUAGCCACGUGCAUGUAGAUGAGCUUUCCCCUUCGCAUUUUGAAAGUUUGUGUGCGUAACAAAUAUCCUAAGACCUGCCAUAGGUCAGUCAGUCAGUCAGCAGUGUGUUCAAGUCUUUGCUGCAGUGAUAUUUGAGAUUUUUCCUAGCUAAUAGUAAAUCCCUUUAUACAGUUUGUUUUUCAUGUUUAAUAAAGCUCUUCAAUAAA